GUGAAUAAGUAUUGUCAUUUGUUUGCUGUGUUUGCUGUUGUUGUUCUGUUCUUUUCUUUAAUGUGAGAAGAAGCAGGAGUACGAAGUGUUGACUAUUGACAGUGGCCGAUGAUGAGAUCAGUUUCGAAAAAAACCCUUGACGGAGUAAUCCAACCACUACAAGCAAGAAGAGAGUCGGCAAACAUACAACUCACAAUUUCAAAGGAAGAAGUGGAUGAUAGCCCAGAAGAACAAGUACAGAUCUCUGCAGAAAAGAUGGAGAGACAGAACAGAGAAGUUCAAGUGGUGGCAACGAAGGAGGCAGAGCUGCCUGAUCAGCAGAUCAAGGCAGUCAUAUAUGGGCAGUGUGUGGGGGAUGCUAUCGGGCUUCUCACAGAGUUUUUGACUAAAAAAGAUGCCAAGAAAUAUUACAAGAAGAAGAAACUAGAAUAUCAACACAAAAUUCCAGACUUUCAUCGUUCGCGCUGGCAAAUCGGUGACUGGACAGAUGAUUCAGAUCAGAUGUUAUUGAUUCUGACGUCACUGUUGGACAAGCAGGGCCAGGUGUGUGUUCAAGACUUUGCCCAAAAGAUGCUUGACUGGAAGGCUCACGGGUUUCCCGAACUGGGAGACCUCGGAGGUAUGGGUAUAGGGGCUACCACACUGGCAGUUCUUCGUGACAAAACCUUUGUUACAGACCCACACAAGGCUGCCUUCACAUGCUGGGAGAAUUCAGGUUGCAACGUUGCUCCCAAUGGUGGGGUGAUGCGAACUUCAGUGGUAGGAACCAACUGUUGGUGGGACACAGAGCAUGUAGUUAAAAAUGUAGCCUUUGUCAAGUGUACGCAUCAUGACCCAAGAUGUCAAGCCUCAGCCGUAGCAGUGUCAGUCUGUAUCAGCCUCAUGCUGCAGCACCACCCACAGCACAUGGAGACCAGUACUGGUAGUUACAAUGUAGGCAAACUCAUCAAGGAUUCAUUUGAUCAUGCUUCUCAGUGUUUGGAAACUGAAGAGCAGAAAAAUCUUCUGUGGGAAUACAUGAACUAUACAAAGGUGAAAGAUCUCAAGCUGGCAGAGCCAGGAAAGAUUGGCUUCACCUAUAAGAGCAUGGGUGCAGGAUUCUGGGCACUCAAGCAGGACAAUUUCCGGAAGGCUAUUCAGAAGAUCACUAUGGAGGGAGGAGAUGCAGAUUCAAAUGCAUGUGUAGCAGGAGCCAUGCUUGCUUGUAAACUGGGUUUUGAUGCCAUUCCUGACACCUGGAUAGCAGGCCUUCAGCAUAAAGACUGGCUGGAACAGAAGAUCAGUAGAUACCUUUUGCUUCAGAAAGAAAUGCUGUCAAAUUUUUCAUCUGGCUACAAGUUAAUGAAGGAGGAAUCCAGGGUGGAAAAUUUUGCUGUGUGUAAUGAAAAGGGGGAUAAUAAAACAGACUGAAUGAACAAAAAUUAAAACAGCACUGAGCUGACUGCUCUGUUCCAUUUAAACAUCUUUAUUCAGGUCAAGUUAAAUUUGUUUAUAACUUUUAACAUUGUAAAACCAAUUAUUUGCCCACAUUUGAAAGUCUGUCACCAUUGGAUAGCCCUUAACAUGCAUUCUCUUUUUGAAAACUAUUAAGCACAAAUAAUGCAAGAUAUAACCAUUUAAAUGAUGUUUCAACUUCGGUACAUUUGUGAAGUACUUUUGUAAAAUAAAUUAGCAAAACUUUAUAAUAAAUCAUGCAUUAUACUAAUAA